AUGUCACCCUCCGCCAAAGAGCAAGAGCGCUUCGACGAUAAAGAUGAAAAGAUCGGCCGCCCAAGAUCUCAACAGGCCUUUAUAGAUUAUGCGUCACGCGUCAUAGAGAAAGACAUCAAAAACGAGGUGUGGCACCCUUGGCUACGGACGCAUAUUAUGAGAUCGCUCGAGACGGCCGUUACAGUUUCCAGCCUCCGUGUACCCUCUCACAUCUCCUACAAGAACCUCACCAAGUUUGCCCGCGGUGAGAAACAGCCCAUAACAGAAGCCGAAAUGUGGGCAACGCUCUUUCGAACGCAAAACCUGAUACCUUCCAUUUGGGAAGAUACUGUUAACAGCGGCAGCAUAUGGGCCUUUUCCGACGUUAUUCGAGCUGUGCGAAAUGAGGAGUCGUCUGGCGCAAUAAAAGAACUUUAUGAGAAAACUCGGAAGUUGAAGUACAUUACAUAUUUUGUCCCUGCUUCCGAUCGCGUUCCCCAAGGCAUCUCAAGCAUGUCGAGCUGUGAUUCUACAGGCAACGGCAACAAGAUACACUCUCGGUCUGACAUGGUCGAAAUCGAGAAUACAAAUGCAACUUCUGACAGCAACAAGAUGGAAGUCACUGCCUCCUCCUCCAGCGGCAAUUUCACCACACAGAACAAACGGCCGCAUGAUGAAGUCGUGGAUGACUCCGACUCGGAUGAUUUCGAAAUCAUCAAAUGUCUCCCAAGCAAGAAGCCCAAGCUCGAGUGCAAUUUUGACUACACAGACGGUGCAGAAAGGGAGAUUCUCCCCAGCAGCGCGACGGUAGCUGGAGAUGAGGCAGCGCCUAUGGAUAUGAAUAUCGAGGUGUUCAAAACAAACACCAAGCAAAGCGACGACGAUACCACCAAGGACAUCAUCCUGAUGGAUACUUGGAUGGUCGAAGCCAUGAGAUCCAAAAGCGAGGCUACCAAGCCUCAGGGGGCCGGUGCCACAACGCCCAAGCCCACAGCUCGUGAGAAAGUUCGGCAACGCAACGCGUUUUUCAAGACGCUGGCAGCUGCGCCUGAGGAACACAAAGAGAUGAUCUUCCGUACCGUUGUCCUGGAUGCACUUCAGGACCUCGGGGUUGACCCGAAUGUUUACAUCAGCAGACAGAUGGAAAGUUUCGAGGCUGCCAUCAUCGCCAACAGUGGCUCAGGCCAGGAUGAUUAG